AGUUGAAGAUUUCCUGUUUCCCCAGGACUUGCAGAAGUGAGUCAGACUUGUGUGCAGCCAGCAAACGGUGCCCAAAGGAAUGCAGGGAGCCUGGCUGGCUCUAAGGCAGACCUAGCACCAGGGGUGCAGCACUCACUGAAGAAACUUUCAGGAUUACUUUUUGUAUCUACUGCUAUAAGAUUGGGUUUUAAUCUGCUUUUUAAUGAACACGAAUACAAAGUGGUUAUGGAUCUAAGGGGCUGCCUGUGGUUCCAAGUUUUACUCUGGAGUUUGACAGCCAGCGGUGUUGCUAGCAGCAAUCGAAAUCAUGAUGAACUAUUACAGCACCUGCCCCUGUUCAGUUUGCAAACAAACAACCAUGUCCUCUGCAAAACUUGUGAUGAAAUGCCAACAGCUUGUAAUGGUGAAAAUAACUGUGAUAGCAACUGCAGCUUAACAGCCAUCUGUGAAAAACCAGAAGAAAUUUGCACAGCCAUAUGGCGACCAAAAAGGAAACACUUUACUAUUGAAACAAUGUGCCAUAACCCAAAACUAGAACUUUAUGGACACAAAAUAAAGAAUAUUGGCACUAAUAAGUGUAUGAUGUCAUCUAGUGACACUCUUUACAUGUGUGCAUGUUCAGAGAGUGAAUGCAACGAGCAAGUUUUCUUCACAGAUGUCAAAGAUGAUGGACCAAUACAGUUGCCACCAUUCUUUGGGCCAUCAAGGCAUAAACUCUGUAAACUCUGCAAAGAAAAGUCACCAAGUUGUAAUGGCCAAACCGACUGCAGAAGCAACUGCGAAAUCUCAAAUUACUGUGAAAAUCCAAAUCAAAUUUGUGCCGUGAUCUGGAAUUCUAAUAAUGAAAUAUCCAUUGAAACAACUUGUCUUGACCCAAAUGUAGAGAUAUAUGGGCACAAAUUGAAAAGUGUUAAAUCAAAUAAGUGUGUAAUGGAAAAGAAGGAGUCAUCUCAUGGAACUGUUUACAUGUGCACAUGUUCAGAGGAUGAAUGCAAUGAGCAGUUUUCCUUUAAAGAUACAAUUCAUAUAGAACAUCACAAAAGAACAAGCGCAUCGGAAGGUGUAAAAUCAGCUUGGAAGACUACAGAUAAUGGACAAAUUAUAUUUAAUAAAUUGUGCAAAUUUUGUGAUGUGCAAGAAACAGCGUGUACAAACGCAACUCAUUGCAUCAGUUACUGUGAUAUUACAUCAACUUGUCAAAAAUCAGAGGAAGUGUGUGUGGCUAUAUGGAGAAAAAAUGACACCAGUGUAACUUUGGAAACAUUAUGCCAUGAUCCGCAAGUGGAGCUCUAUGGAUAUAAGUUGGAUGAUUACAAUUCCACGACAUGUAUAAUGAAAGAAAAGAAGAUGGCGGGGGGAACAAUGUUCAUGUGCUCAUGUAAAGGGGAGGAGUGUAACGAUCAUCUUAUUUUUACAUUAGAAGAGAGUUCUGUAUGGAAGGAUAUGAACUUUAAGGUUACACUGAUCAGCCUCCUACCUCCAAUUGGUAUCACAAUUGCAGUUAUUAUUAUCUUCUACUGCUACCGUGUCAAUAGGAAAAAGAAACUCAAAAAGAAAUGGGAAAAGAAUGCAAAGUGUCAGAGACAUCCACAUAUGGAUUGCAGUGAUGUGUGUGCCAUUAUGAUUGAUGACGACCGGUCUGACAUCAGUUCUACAUGUGCCAACAAUCUAAACCACAAUACAGAGCUUCUGCCUAUUGAACUUGAUACUUUGGUUGGAAAAGGUCGAUUUGCCGAAGUGUACAAGGCUAAGCUAAAGCAAAAUACUUCUGAACAGUAUGAAACUGUGGCUGUCAAAAUUUUCAGAUUUGAUGAAUAUAUAUCCUGGAAGAGGGAAAAAGAUAUUUUUUCAGACAUCAAUCUAAAACAUGAAAAUGUUCUACAGUUUUUGACAGCAGAAGAACGUAAAACAGAUAUGGGGAAACAGUUUUGGCUUAUCACUGCCUUUCACACAAAAGGUAAUUUACAAGAAUACCUUAUGAAGCAUAUUAUAACCUGGGAGGACCUACUGAGACUUGCAGGCUCAGUGUCCAGUGGAGUUGCUCACUUGCACAGUGACCACACACCCUGCGGAAGACCUAAAACACCAAUUGUCCACCGAGACUUGAAGAGCUCAAACAUUCUGGUUAAAAAUGAUCUUGCUUGUUGCCUUUGUGAUUUUGGACUGUCCUUGAGAUUAGAUCUGUCUCUUUCUGUGGAUGAACUAGCUAAUAGUGGACAGGUCGGUACCGCCAGGUAUAUGGCUCCUGAGGUGCUGGAAUCAAGAAUCAACUUGGAGAACAUGGAAUCUUUUAAGCAAACAGACGUAUAUUCAUUAGCACUUGUACUUUGGGAAAUAACUUCCCGCUGCACUGCUAUUGGAGAAGUAAAAGAUUAUGAACCGCCGUUUGGCACAAAAGUUCGUGAACACCCGUGUAUUGAAAGUAUGAAAGAUAACGUAUUGAGGGACCGGGGUAGGCCAGAAAUCUCCAAUAAUUGGCUGAAUCAUCAGGGCAUCCAGCUUGUAUGUGAGACCAUAACAGAAUGCUGGGACCAUGAUCCAGAGGCCAGGCUUACAGCACAGUGUGUAGUAGAGCGAUUUAAAGAAAUGGAGAUUCUUGAUGGACUAUCUGAAAGAAGCUGCUCAGAAGAGAAAAUUCCUGAAGAUUGCUCUGAGAAUACCACCAAAUAGGAAUUAACCUACGUUGUCUACUCAGUGGACAUCCUGUGUGCUAAUGGAAAAGUAUUUGCUAAAUCCAAAGAAAUCUCUAGCAUAAACUACUUUUGCUACAUUUGACUUCAAAAGCAAAACAGGAUUAAAAAUGUUUAUCUGCAUGUGACACAACAUGCUUUGCCGUAAGAACAUUGAGCACCUACUCAGGAUGUUUCUGACUUGUUUUUACAGUUGUCACACAAUUUUGCACUUUAUAAAUAAUUGUAUACAAAUAUUUUUUAACUUUAAUGUAUAUAGUUCUAUCUGGAAAAUAUAACUUUCAUAAGAAUGUUUAAAUAUAAGGAAAAAAAUAUGUUGCUCUGGAAACACAUGCUCACAUGCAUACACAUUCACACUCAGAUACAUCCAAACAUAAAUAUGUAUGCAUCACUUUCACAUACUUAAAAGCAGGGAACACCCCUUUGCAAAACAAGAUAAAAACUGCCUUUAAAGAAUCAGGACAGGGACCUCAUAGUACUGGUGAGAUUUCUAACAAAAUCUCACAAUCACAGAGAGUUUUAGAUUAUCAGGCCAAAACAAAUGCAAGUUGACACUAACACUCACAAACAUUCAUACACAUGCAUGUUGGCAUUCAUACUUACACACACAAACACUCAUACACAUGAAUAUUGACACACACACAAACACACAUACACAUGCAUGUUGACAAACACACAGAAACACUCAUACACAUGCAUGUCUACAAACACUCAUACACAUUCAUAUUGACACACAAACACUCAUAUACAUGCAUGCUGACAAACACUCAUACACAUGCAUGUUGACAAACACACACAAACAAUCAUACACAUACAUAUUGGCAAACACACAAACACUCAUUAACAUACAUAUUGAGACACACACACAAACACUCAUACACAUGAAUAUUGACACACACAAACAUUAAUACACAUGCAUGUUGACAAGCACACACAAACAAUCAUACACAUGCAUAUUGACACCCACACAAACACUCAUACACAUGCAUAUUGACAAACACAAACAAUCAUACACAUGCAUAUUGACUCCCACACAAACACUCAUACACAUGCAUAUUGACAAACACAAACACUCAUACACAUGCAUAUUGACACCCACACAAA